AUGACCCGGCUGGGCUGGUGCUUCUCCUGCGUGAUCGGAUGGGGCAAGUACCUCUUCUCCUGCCUCCUGCCGCUGCGCCUCUGCCUCCGCAGCCCGCCAGAGGACCUGGAGGCCCCCAAGAGCCACCACUUCAAGGUGAAGACCUUCAAGAAAGUGAAGCCCUGCGGCGUCUGCCGGCAGGUCAUCACCCGGGAGGGCUGCACCUGCAAAGUCUGCAGCUUCUCCUGUCAUCGGAAAUGCCAGGCCAAGGUGGCUGCCCCCUGCAUUCCUCCAUCCAACCAUGAACUGGUGCCUGUCCAUGCGGAGAGUGCACCGAAGAAUGUAGUGGACACGGGAGAAGGAACCUUCCGUGGUGGGAACACUCGGAAAAGCCUUGAGGAAGACGGCUCCGCCAGAGUCAGCCCGAGUGUCCAGCCUCACCCGCAGCCCGUCAGUCUUCCCAGAAGCAUGAGUGUGAGCCAGGCCAUGGAGGACAGCUGCGAGCUGGACCUGGUAUACGUCACCGAGAGGAUCAUCGCCGUCUCCUUCCCCAGCACCGCCAACGAGGAGCACUUCCGGAGCAACCUCCGCGAGGUGGCCCAGAUGCUCAAGUCCAAACACGGAGGCAACUACCUGCUCUUCAACCUCUCUGAGCGGAGGCCCGACAUCACGAAGCUCCACGCCAAGGUACUGGAAUUUGGCUGGCCUGACCUCCACACCCCAGCCCUGGAGAAGAUCUGCAGCGUCUGCAAGGCCAUGGACACUUGGCUCAACGCAGAUCCCCACAAUGUCGUCGUCCUACACAACAAGGGAAACCGAGGCAGGAUAGGAGUGGUCAUUGCCGCGUACAUGCACUACAGCAACAUUUCGGCCAGCGCGGACCAGGCACUGGACCGGUUUGCCAUGAAGCGGUUCUAUGAGGACAAGAUUGUACCGAUUGGCCAGCCAUCCCAGAGAAGGUACGUGCACUACUUCAGCGGCCUGCUCUCCGGCACCAUCAAAAUGAAUAACAAGCCCUUGUUUCUGCACCACGUGAUCAUGCACGGCAUCCCCAACUUCGAGUCUAAAGGAGGGUGUCGGCCAUUUCUCCGGAUCUACCAGGCCAUGCAGCCUGUUUACACAUCUGGCAUCUACAACGUCCAAGGAGACAGCCAGACCAGCAUCUGCAUCACCAUCGAGCCUGGGCUGCUCUUGAAGGGAGACAUCUUGCUGAAGUGCUACCACAAGAAGUUCCGGAGCCCGGCCCGGGACGUCAUCUUCCGCGUGCAGUUCCACACCUGCGCCGUCCACGACCUGGGCGUGGUCUUUGGGAAGGAGGACCUGGAUGACGCCUUCAAAGAUGAUCGGUUUCCAGAAUACGGCAAGGUGGAAUUUGUAUUUUCUUAUGGGCCAGAGAAAAUUCAAGGCAUGGAGCACCUGGAGAACGGGCCGAGCGUGUCCGUGGAUUACAACACCUCCGACCCCCUCAUCCGCUGGGAUUCCUACGACCACUUGAAUGGGCAUCGCGAGGACGGCAUGGAGGAGGUGGUGGGACACACGCAGGGGCCCCUGGACGGGAGCCUGUAUGCCAAGGUGAAGAGGAAAGACUCCCUGAAUGGCAGCACCGGGGCCGUCAGUGCCACGCGCCCUGCCCUGUCGGCCACUCCCAACCACGUGGAGCACACCCUGUCCGUGAGCAGCGACUCUGGCAACUCCACCGCCUCCACCAAGACAGACAAGACCGAUGAGCCUGCCCUCGGCCCUGCCGGUGCCCCUGUUGCCCUGAGUCCCGAGGAGAAGCGCGAGCUGGAGCGCCUGCUCAGCGGCUUCGGCUUAGAACGAGAGAAGCCGGGCGCUAUGUACCACGCCCAACACCUCCGGUCCCGCCUGGCGGGGGGCCCUGCCCUGCCCUCUGCUGGCCGCCAUGUCGUCCCGGCCCAGGUCCACGUCAACGGUGGGGCGUUGACAUCUGAGCGGGAGACGGACAUUCUGGAUGAUGAACUGCCCAACCAGGACGGGCACAGCGUGGGCAGCAUGGGCACACUGUCCUCCCUGGAUGGCAUCACCAACACCAGCGAGGGGGGCUACCCGGAGGCGCUGUCCCCCUUGACCAAUGGCCUGGACAAGCCCUACGCCAUGGAGCCGAUGGUGAAUGGUGGGGGCUACCCCUAUGAGUCUGCCAGCCGGGCAGUGCCUACCCAUGCGGGCCACGUGGCUCCCAUGCGGCCCUCCUACUCUGCGCAGGAGGGCUUAGCUGGCUACCAGCGGGAGGGCCCCCACCCCACCUGGGCACAGCAAGUGGCCACCUCCCACUAUGGCCACGACCCCAGCAGUAUGUUCCGCUCUCAGUCCUUCCCGGACACGGAGCCCCAGCUGCCCCCAGCACCAGCCCGGGGGGGAAGCAGUCGGGAGGCUGUGCAGAGGGGCCUCAAUUCCUGGCAGCAACAGCAGCAGCAGCAGCAGCCUCACCUGCCUCCUCGCCAGCAGGAAAGAGCCCACUUGGAGAGUGUCCGGCCCAGCAGGCCCGGCCCCCAGCCACUGGCAGAGACGCCCACGCCUGGCCUCCCUGAGUUCCCGAGGGCAGCCUCGCAGCAGGAGAUCGAGCAGUCCAUCGAAGCCCUCAACAUGCUGAUGCUGGACCUCGAGCCAUCCUCGGCUGCCGCCCCGCUGCACAAAUCCCAGAGUGUCCCUGGGGCCUGGCCUGGGGCUUCCCCACUCUCUUCUCAGCCUCUUUCCGGCUCCUCCUACCAGACCCAUCCGCUGACCCAGUCCAGAUCUGGCUACAUCCCCAGUGGGCAUUCCUUGGGAACCCCUGAGCCAGCCCCACGGGCCUCCCUGGAGCCCGUCCCUCAGGGCAGGUCUUACUCACCUUAUGACUAUCAGGCUGGACCCAACCAGAGCUACCGUCCAAAGAGCCCAGCUGCCUCCUCUUCCUUGCCUGCUUUCCUUCCAAGCAACCACAGCCCUCCAGGGCCUCAGCAGCCCCCCGCCUCUCUCCCUGGCCUCACCGCUCAGCCUCAGCUCCCACCAAAGGAGGCCACUUCAGACCCAUCCCGAACUCCGGAGGAGGAGCCCUUGAACCUGGAGGGGCUGGUGGCCCACAGGGUAGCAGGGGUCCAGGCUCGGGAGAAGCAGCAGCCUGCAGAGCCCCCAGCCCUUCUCCGGAGGCGGGCAGCCAGCGAUGGACAGUAUGAGAACCAGUCUCCAGAACCCUCCUCCCCCCGGAGUCCUGGGGUGCGCUCCCCAGUCCAGUGCGUGUCCCCAGAGCUGGCUCUCACGAUUGCUCUCAAUCCUGGAGGGCGGCCCAAAGAGCCCCACUUGCACAGCUACAAAGAGGCCUUCGAGGAGAUGGAAGGAACCGCUCCGUCCAGCCCACCGCCCAGUGGGGUGCGCUCCCCUCCAGGUCUGGCCAAGACACCCCUGUCUGCUCUGGGCCUGAAACCCCACAACCCGGCAGAGAUCCUGUUGCACCCCAAGGGCGAGCCCCGGAGCUACGUCGAGUCAGUGGUGCGGACGGCGGUGGCCGGGCCCCGACCUCAGGACCCUGAGCCCAAGAGCUUCAGCGCCCCGGCCUACGGCCAUGACACACCCCUGAGGAACGGGACCCUGGGCGGCUCCUUUGUCUCCCCGAGCCCCCUCUCCACCAGCAGCCCCAUCCUCAGCGCCGACAGCACUUCGGUGGGGAGCUUCCCAUCGGCGGAGAGCAGUGACCAGGGCCCCCGGACGCCCACCCAGCCUCUGCUGGAUUCUGGCUUCCGCUCCGGCAGCCUGGGCCAGCCCAGCCCUUCUGCUCAGAGGAGCUACCAGAGUUCCUCUCCUCUCCCGGCUGUGGGCAGCAGCUACAGCAGCCCCGACUACUCACUCCAGCAGUUCGGCUCCCCGGAGAGCCAGGCCCGGCCUCAGUUCAACGCGUCCGGUGUCCACGCCGUCCCCGGGAGCCCUCAGGCACGCCACAGGACAGUGGGCACCAACACUCCCUCCAGUCCCGGCUUUGGCCGCCGAGCUGUCAACCCCAGCAUGGCUGCCCCCGGCAGCCCCAGUGUGAGCCACCGCCAGGUGAUGGGCCCACCAGCAACCGGUUUCCAUGGUAACGCAGUCUCCAGCCCCCAGGGCAGCGCAGUGACCACUCCAGGAAGCCCCAGCCUGGGCCGGCACCCUGGGGCCCACCAGGCCUCAGGCCUCCAUGGCGGUGUGGCUGUCACUCCAGGGAGCCCCAGCCGCAGCCAGCAGCCGGGGGCCCACCAAGCCUCAGGCCUCCCAGGCAGCGUGGCCACCACUCCAGGGAGCCCCAGUCUGGGUCGGCAUCCUGGGGCCCACCAGGGCAACUUGGCCUCCAGUCUACACAGCAACGCAAUGUCCAGCCCCGGAAGCCCCAGCCUGGGCCGUCAUCUCGGAGCAUCUGGAUCCAUGGUUCCUGGCAGCCCCAGCCUAGAUCGGCACGUGGCCUACGGUGGCUACUCCACUCCUGAGGACCGGAGACCCACACUGUCCCGGCAGAGCAGUGCCUCUGGCUACCAGGCUCCUUCCACGCCCUCCUUCCCCGUGUCUCCUGCCUACUACCCGGGCCUGAGCAGCCCCGCCACCUCCCCUUCACCAGAUUCGGCAGCCUUCCGGCAAGGGAGCCCGACGCCAGCCCUGCCAGAGAAGUGGAGGAUGUCCAUGGGAGACCGAGUGGGCAGCCUCCCCAACUAUGCCACCAUCAACGGGAAGGUGUCAUCCUCGCCUGUCGCCAGCGGCAUGUCCAGUCCCAGCGGGGGCAGCACUGUCUCCUUCUCACACACUCUGCCCGACUUCUCCAAGUACUCCAUGCCAGACAACAGCCCAGAGACCCGGGCUAAAGUGAAAUUUGUCCAGGACACUUCCAAGUAUUGGUACAAACCCGAGAUCUCCAGAGAGCAGGCCAUCGCUCUCCUGAAGGACCAGGAGCCGGGAGCCUUCAUCAUCCGGGACAGCCACUCCUUCCGAGGAGCCUACGGGCUGGCCAUGAAGGUGUCUUCUCCCCCUCCGACCAUCAUGCAGCAGAACAAGAAAGGGGACAUGACCCAUGAGCUGGUGAGACAUUUCCUGAUCGAGACUGGUCCCCGAGGAGUCAAGCUCAAGGGCUGCCCCAACGAGCCAAACUUCGGAUCUCUCUCUGCCCUGGUCUACCAGCACUCCAUUAUCCCGCUGGCCCUGCCCUGUAAGCUGGUCAUUCCAAACCGAGAUCCCACAGAUGACUCGAAAGAUAGCUCGGGCACUGCCAACUCAACCACAGACCUGCUAAAGCAAGGAGCAGCCUGCAACGUGCUCUUCGUCAACUCUGUGGACAUGGAGUCGCUCACUGGGCCCCAGGCCAUCUCCAAAGCCAUUUCUGAGACACUGGCUGCUGACCCCACACCAGCUGCCACCAUCGUUCACUUCAAAGUGUCUGCCCAAGGAAUCACACUCACUGACAACCAGAGAAAGCUCUUCUUCAGACGACACUACCCUCUCAACACCGUCACCUUCUGUGACCUGGAUCCACAGGAGAGAAAGUGGAUGAAGACGGAGGGAGGUGCCCCUGCUAAGCUCUUCGGCUUCGUGGCCCGGAAGCAGGGCAGCACCACGGACAACGCCUGCCACCUCUUCGCUGAGCUCGACCCCAACCAGCCCGCCUCCGCCAUUGUCAACUUCGUCUCCAAGGUCAUGCUGAGUGCGGGCCAGAAGAGAUGA